AUUUUCCGGAUUUUUUUGCUUCAAGGUACGUAAAAUGGGUUUGUAGUCCCUGUCUUUAUAAUUUUUGCAUGAUUGCUUACGAUUCCCCAAGGGAACUGCUAAUGAGCUUUCAUUUUGAUUAAUUUGACUUCAUAGUAAAUAGCUAUUAUAUUCCUUACUAUUAUACCGGGCGAUAAAAAGAAUAACCGUUUCUUGCAAUGUUUAUGCGUAGUUUUAUGCGUAAUUCAAUUGUGCAAAAUGCGUAAAGUUUAGACUAUCGCGCAUGCGCAAAGCAUAUAUUUCGGCGCGUGGGGCAGACGAUAUAAGUGUUCUGGUGCUAUAAUGUUCACGACUGGAGCAAUGUCAGCACAAAAUCGUACAUGAAAAACGCAUGAGGAAGAUUCAUGUCUAGAUAUUUAUAGAAWUGUGCGUAGAUUGGACAUGAAAUUUGCGUCAAUUUUGAAUCAAAGAACUUUAAAGAGUUGAUCGAGUCCUACCUGUUGAUUUGACCAGAAGCAGGAUUAUCAUUAAUUAAGUACAGUUGGGCUUCUGAGAUAUAUCUGGUACUGUUUUAGGGUAAUUUUGCAGUCUGAAUCCUUCGAUAUGUCGACCAAAACACCGUCUAAAGUYAACUAUUUGAUUAGCGGUCACACUGGUUAUGUCCCAGAAGAUGGUCUAAGCGCAGCAACGUUGUUUAGCGCUUUCGAAAUGGGGCUUACCUACGAUGAUUUUAUCAUUUUACCUGGUUUCAUUGAUUUUGUUGCCGAUGCAGUUGAUUURUCGUCUGCUCUGACAAGAAAUAUUACUAUCAAAACACCGUUUGUAAGCUCACCCAUGGAUACCGUGACUGAAUCGGACAUGGCGAUUGCACUUGCGUUACAUGGUGGAAUAGGAAUAAUUCAUCAUAACUGUAGUGUAGAAGUUCAAGCCCGUGAAGUUCGAAAAGUCAARAAGUUCAAGCAAGGCUUCAUUAAUGAUCCCAUUGUCCUGAGUCCAAGGAAUACAAUCCGUGAUGUCAUUGAUAUCAAGGAAAAGUUUGGCUUUGCAGGAAUCCCAUUGACUGAAAAUGGCUGCAUGGGGGGUGUUCUGGCUGGCAUCAUCACAUCAAGAGACAUUGACUUCCUCACAGAAGACCAGUAUGACGCACAAGUGUCAGAUUUCAUGAYAGGAGUUGACAAUCUAGUGGUUGCUAGGGACGACUGUACCCUGGUUGAGGCCAAUGCAAUACUGCAGAAGAGCAAAAAAGGAAAAUUACCAAUCGUCAAUGAAAACAUGGAACUGGUGUCUUUGAUUGCUUACUCGGAUCUUAAGAAAAACAGAAAUUUUCCACUUGCAUCAAAAGAUAAAAAGAAACAGUUAUUGGUUGGUGCGGCAGUAGGAACACAUGGAGGGGACAGGCAAAGGGUUGAUGCUCUCGUACAGGCAGGGGUAGAUGUGGUAGUAUUGGAUUCAUCUCAAGGGAAUUCACAAUAUCAAAUUGAUAUGAUAAAAUAUAUUAAAGAGCGUCAUCCAUCCUUAGAGAUCAUUGCUGGUAAUGUCGUGACAGCAGCACAAGCCAAAAACCUGAUUGAUGCCGGCGCCGACGCCUUACGAGUUGGUAUGGGCAGCGGUUCUAUUUGUAUCACACAAGAAAUCAUGGCAGUCGGUCGUCCCCAGGCCACGGCUGUGUUUAAAGUGGCUGAGUAUGCUCGUAGGUUUGGGAUCCCUGUGAUGGCCGAUGGUGGACUGAGAUCAGUUGGUGACAUCACUAAGGCAUUGAGUGUAGGCGCGUCAACUGUCAUGAUGGGGAGUCUUUUGGCGGGAACUUCUGAAGCCCCUGGGGAGUACUACUUCUCAAAUGGCGCGAGGCUUAAGAAGUACAGAGGAAUGGGUUCUCUAGAUGCCUUGGAAUUCAAGUCAAGCAAAAGUCGCUACUUUGUUGAAAGUCAUCGAAUCAAGGUCGCACAAGGGGUGUCGGGUGCCGUGGAAGACAAAGGAAGUUUGCAUCGAUUCGUUCCAUAUUUGGUAUCAGGCCUCAAACAUGGAUGUCAGGACAUGGGAGCGAAGAGUCUAUCGUCAAUGCGAUCCAUGAUGUACAGCGGUCAAUUGAAAUUUGAAAAGCGAAGCCUUGCGGCCAAAGGUGAAGGUGGGAUCCACAGCCUUCAUUCCUACGAAAAGCGAUUGUUUUGAGACGUUUUGUUUUUGCUAUGAUAAUUUUUGACGGUAAAGAAGGCUUAUGACUCUUGUUCUUUGAAUUGACAUGCUUUGGAUUAAGACUGGUUUCCAGCAUAAAAUACAGUGAAACAUCGUUAAUCCGGCCACCGAUCGGACACUGAAAAUUGGCUGCUAUAACGGGUUGAUCGUAUUAAUGAGAGGUAACAUUACUUGAGGUUUUAAUUUGACGAGAUAUAAACAUCUUGCCGUUAUAAAAGGAUGACCUUAUUGAGUGGUCGUAAGACUGGGACAAUAUUGUUUUUUUGACCAAUGAUAUCGUGCGUUAUAUUGAUUUUUUGACCAAAGAUAGCGUACAUUGUAUGUUUUUUGACCAAUGAUAGAGUGCGUUAUAUUGUUUUUCAUUUGACCAAUGUUAGCGUGUAUUCUAUUGUGUUUUUCGACCAAUGAUAGCGUGCAUUAUGUUACGUUGUUUUAUGACCAAUUACUGUGUGCAUUCUAUUGCGUUUCUUAAUAAUUUAAGAUUGAAUUUGCUGUUUACUAUUACGUAAAUUACUACUGGUGCAAAAUGAAGUAUUAAACGCUAUUUAUUUA